AGAAUACGAAAACAGUCCAAGAAACUCCUUUGAAAGAAAAUCCUGAAGACACCAAUUUGAAAUUUCGAUAUGAUUUGCUUUCUGCUAACCAUGAACAUUUAAAAAAAUUAUUAAUUCAAUAUUCUUCUCUCUUAUCUCAGGAACGUAAUAUGAAUGAAAAACUUGAAGGAAUAAUCCGAGGACUUGAAGAUGAUAUUAAAUUUAUUCAUUCCUUAUUGAAGAAUUCGUUAAUUGAAAAUGGAAAACUUUAUAAUUUCAAUAUAGAACUUAAACCUCCUCGUGAUAAACCUACAGGCGAUGAUAGAG